AUGCAAGCCGCCAGCAGUACUACGCUCCACCAACGCACCAUUGACUGUGCUGUCGAUUAUUCUGAGAACGACUUCAUCCUCAAUAUGUCCCGACUUGAGCGUCAGGAGACCUGCAGUACUCGCAAUAGCGAAGGUGCCACAGUCAUUAAAAAGCGUGAGCUGCCGGCCAUCAAUUUCCACGGGCUUGAAGCCAUGGAUUUCCGCCUUCUGAUGCGUCUUCCGAUCGAGAUGUCCAUUAGCACCUGGCUGAUCUCCCGCGCGGUCAUCCCCAGCCGAGUCACCGCUGCCAUAGGCUUCAACCGCUAUGACAAUGAGGAGAAGCUGCGGCUGAAGACUAACUACCAGGUACGAGAAAAAGCCGAGAGCGAGUGCCAGCGGUUUAAUCUUGAGCGGCUUCAAAGCGUCCUUUCGGAACGGGAAUCCGUGACUGCGCUA